GCGCAUGCGUCGAGGCAGCUGUCACUCUCCUGUCCAGUAGGUGGCGCUGUCUGGCGCUGCGACUGUUGGUGUGAAUGCGGCUACAUGUGACAUUGACAUACAUAGAGGCACAAUGAGGCUGACGGCUCUCCUGUCGAUGGCUGCCAGGGUUGUUGUGCCCAAAGAUUAUCGCUACGGCACCAACAGACCGUGGACCGUGGCCGCGAAAAGGCUGAAUCCUCCGGGCAAGAAGAGGAGAAAGGUGUUUGUGGAGCCGUUAGCGCCGGAGGAUUGGUCCGUUUUCAGAGGAGACACUGUGGAGAUUCUGGCAGGGAAGGACAAAGGGAAACAGGGAAAAGUGAUCCAAGUCUUCAGACACAGAAACUGGGUUAUGCUGGAGGGACUGAACACACAUCACAGGUAUAUUGGAAAAUCGGGGGAUUAUCGUGGGACCUACGUUGCCAAUGAGGCUCCCCUCCUGAUCCGUGACGUUGCCCUAAUCGACCCCUCCGACAGGAAGCCCACUGACGUGGAGUGGAGAUUCACUGAGGAGGGCGAGAGAGUCCGAGUGUCUCUGAGGACAGGACGAAUCCUCCCAAAACCUGUUGUGGAACGACGAGAUGGCAUCGUACCGCAACAGUGGAAAGAUGGUCCCAAAGAUACCAGCCCAGAAGACACUCUAGAAAAGACCUACGUACCUUCUCUUAAGACCUUGGAAGAAGAGGUCAUGGAGAAACUGGGCAUCGUGGAGAACAGGAGGCAGCGGAGGUCGUACUGGUACUAACCAGAUAACUCAGAGACACUCAGAUCCCGUUGUUUUGUCCACUUUUCACACUCUGAAGAUACCUUGUUUUGGUGUGAGUCAAGCUGAACGUCAUGUCAAAAGAGACUAUGGGAGGAUGACAUGAGUAAGGCUUUUGGACUUUAAAAUACUGGUGCAACAUACACAUUAAGGAAAUGAUUGAGGUGGUGAAACAGACGUGCAAACAAAGCCAAUAACAGAUCUGCUACUUGAAUGUUUCCUGAAGGUGUGCAGCUUCAAUCAUUCUCUCUUUACAGUGCUAUCAGAGUUUAUCAUGUUUGUUUCUUGUAUUAUUGUGAAUAAAUAUGACGUGUAAAC